GCGGCAUUCCCGCACAAACGCGGCGAGCCUUACGGCCCCAUGCUCGUAUAUAUCCGUUGGGAGAGCGAAGCCGAUGACGACUUCUGGCUCACGAAGCUGAAGGGCACACUCAACCGCAUCCGAGUCGUGGCGAGGAACCUGGGCCUGACGCCGAGGAAGCCAGCAUACUACAACAACCUGUCGCUGGAGACGGUGCCGACCCACAAGAUCUAUCGGGACAACAUGGAGUGGUUGAAGAGGGUGAAGGCGAAGUAUGAUCCCACUAAUAUCAUGGGCCGGUGCGGCGGCCAUAAGAUCCCCCUUCCUCAGACUGGACAGGACAACGAGGGAGAUGAAAGUGAUUAG